AUGCAACAAGGUUUACACACGAAAGAUCUUAACUUAUUAUGUCUACUACAACAAUACUUAGGGGGUAUUGGUUCUAUUCAUUUAGCUUCAAACCGAGACGUAGUUAAUUAUUCAAUAGAUUCAACUAAAGAUUUAAAUAAACUUAUUACUCAUUUAGAGGAAUACCCGUUAUUGACUCAAAAAGCCUCAGAUUUUUUAUUAUUUAAAAAAGCGGUAAAACUUGUUAAUGAUAAAGCUCAUCUUACGGUUGAAGGUCUAAAAAAAAUAGUGAAUAUCAAAGCAUCCAUGAAUUUAGGUUUAUCUGACAUAUUAAAAUCAGAGUUUGCUGGAUAUAUCCCAGUCGAUAGACCUGUUAUAAAUUAUGCUAAUAUAAAUUUAAACCCUCAUUGA